AUGGUCCAACGAUUAACUUAUCGUCGUCGUUUAUCAUACAAUACAAAAUCAAAUCGGGUUAAAAUUGUGAAAACACCCGGUGGUAAAUUAACAUAUCAAUAUGUUAAAAAACGAGGAGCAGUCCCUAAAUGUGGCGAUUGUAAAGUCGAAUUACCAGGAAUAAAAGCAUCUCGUCCAAAACAACGUAUGACAAUGACGAAACGAUUAAAAACUGUUUCACGUACAUAUGGAGGUUCACGAUGUGCUAAAUGCGUUCGUCUUCGUAUUGUUCGAGCUUUUCUUAUUGAAGAACAACGUAUUGUUGCUAUGGUUAUGAAAUCGAAAAAAGUAACUGGUCCAACAGAAACAACAGCAACAACACAACCAACAAGCCAAAAAACGAAAUAA